AUGGAGGCGGUGCGUUCCGCCGGCUUCGCUACGGUCAAACUAGGGUUCGAAAGUUUAGGACAUCUGGGUUGUGACUAUGGAUGGGUUGCGAACUGGAUUGCUCAGUGCCAAAAUGUCUCGCAACCUAGAGUUCCCCCAUUUUUGGCAAACUGCGAAAACAGAACAAAGAAGAAAACACAGAAGAAAGAGGCGCUAAAGGGUUGA